AUGGUGAGCAAGCUGUCUGCCUUCGGAAAGACUCUUCUCCGCCGGCGCAAGUUGGACUGUUCCGGAGAGGAGACCCGCUUCGCCCGAUGCCUGUCCACGUUAGACCUCAUCGCUCUGGGGGUGGGCGCGACGCUAGGGGCCGGGGUGUACGUCCUGGCCGGGGAAGUGGCCCGGGAGAAGGCGGGGCCGGCCAUCGUCCUGUGCUUUCUCAUCGCGGCGCUCUCGUCCAUGCUGGCCGGACUGUGUUACGCAGAGUUCGGAGCGCGGGUCCCCAAAACGGGCUCGGCGUACAUGUACAGCUACGUCACGGUGGGAGAAAUAUGGGCCUUUAUCACGGGUUGGAACCUCAUCCUGUCAUAUGUCAUAGGGACGGCGAGUGUGGCGCGGGCCUGGAGCUCCACCUUUGAUAACCUGGUGGAGCAGAAGAUCUCUGGCUUCUUCAGAGCCUCGAUGGCCAUGGAAGUCCCGGGUAAAGUGCUCGCAGAGUACCCAGACCUGUUCGCCCUCAUCCUGGUGCUGCUGCUGUCAGGCCUCCUGGCGUUCGGCGUGAGCGAGUCGGCGCUGGUGAAUAAGAUCUUCACGGGGAUCAACCUGGUGGUGCUGGGAUUCGUCAUCAUCUCUGGCUUCGUGAAGGGGAAUCCGGAAAACUGGAGGCUCACCGUGGACGACUACAUCUCCUUCAGGAACGCCACCAACACCAGCAGCGCCACCAAAGUUGAGGAGGAGUUCGGUGUGGGCGGCUUCGCUCCGUUCGGCAUUAGUGGAGUCCUCUCUGGAGCCGCCACCUGCUUCUACGCCUUUGUGGGCUUCGACUGCAUCGCAACAACAAGCGAAGAGGCCAAGAACCCCAUGCGCUCCAUUCCCAUCGGCAUCGUGGCUUCUCUGCUCAUCUGCUUCAUCGCGUACUUCGGAGUCUCGGCCGCUCUCACGCUCAUGAUGCCGUACUUCCAGCUGAACAAGCAGAGUCCGCUCCCAGAGGCCUUCUCCUACGUGGGCUGGGCCCCUGCGCGCUACAUUGUGGCCGUGGGCUCCCUCUGCGCUCUGUCCACCAGUCUGUUGGGUUCCAUGUUCCCGAUGCCCCGUGUGAUCUACGCCAUGGCGGAGGACGGGCUUCUGUUUCGCUCUCUGUCCCGAAUGAACCCACGCACCAAGACCCCCCUGCUGGCCACUAUUGCGUCUGGAGUCGUCGCUGCUUUGAUGGCCUUCCUGUUCGACCUGGCCGCUCUGGUGGACCUCAUGUCUAUCGGGACUCUUCUGGCUUAUUCUCUGGUUGCGAUCUGUGUCCUUAUCCUCAGGUACCAGCCGGGCUCCCUGAACUCCCCCAGUCAGAUGGAGAAGCUGGUGGAGAUGGUGGGAGGGGAGAAGGUGGCGGUGAGCGGAGGCGACAGCAGCGACGAGUACGGCACCGACGAGGCCGACGAGAGGCCGCUCAAAGAAUCCUUCACCCUCAGACUCUUGUUCGUGCCCAGCUCCAAAAACCCCACACACAUUUCCGGAAACAUCGUCUACUGCACCACCGCCAUCAUCUCCGUUUUUAUCACAGUCCUGUGCGUGCUGCUGGCUAAUUUCCUGGACAAGUUGAUGACCGCUUCUCCCGAUGUGUUGGUGCCCGUCAUCAUUCUGGCGCUGCUCUGCGUGAUCUGCUUCAUCAUCAUCUGCCGACAGCCGCAAAGCAAAGAGGCCCUCACUUUCAAGGUGCCGCUCCUCCCCAGCCUCCCUCUGUUCAGCGUCUUUGUAAACAUCUACCUGAUGAUGCAGCUCGACAUGGGCACGUGGCUGCGGUUCGCUGUUUGGAUGGCUAUUGGUUUCGCCAUCUACUUCUUCUACGGCAUCAAAAACAGCAACGAGUCGGCGAGCGGGAAAUCUCCGCGCAAAUACGAACCGGCCCAAACCAAAGCUCCCAUCUACACCGGGGCUCCAGACGACAGCGACGUGGAGGGCAACAACACCGCGUGA